AUGGCUCUCCUCUCGCUUCGCCUCCUCCUGUUGCACUUGCACGUCACCUUCAUCUCAGCACUGCUCUGCUUCCACUCCGUCAAGGCCGCCGCAGCCAUUCUCUCCCUCACAAGACCGGCUGCCAUCUUGGUCUCCGUCAAGGACUCCUUCACUCCCCCGGUUCCGCCGCCACUGCACAGCUGGAGCCUUGUCAACUACGCCUCUCUCUGCUCCUCCUGGCCUGGCGUCGCCUGCGCCCCCGACAACCGCACCGUCGUCUCGCUAGACAUCUCCACCUACAACAUCUCCGGGACGCUCUCGCCGGCCAUCGGCGACCUCGUGGACCUCCAGUUCCUCUCCGUGGCCGCCAACUCCCUGGCCGCCGAGCUGCCGUCCACCGUCGUCGCCCUCCGCAACCUGAGCCACCUCAACCUCUCCAACAACCAGUUCAACGGCAGCUUGGCUGGCCUCAACUUCUCCGCGAUGGCCAACCUCCACGUGCUCGACCUCUACGACAACGACUUCGCCGGCCCGCUCACGGACACCUUUCCGAGCCUCCCUAACCUCCGCCACCUCGACCUCGGCGGCAACUUCUUCACCGGCAGCAUUCCGACGAGCUUCGGCCACUUCCCAGCCAUCGAGUUCCUAUCCGUCGCUGGCAACAGCCUCGCCGGGGCCAUCCCGCCCGAGCUCGGCAACCUCACCACGCUGCGCCAGCUCUUCCUCGGCUACUUCAACCAGUUCGACGGCGGCAUCCCGGCCGAGUUCGGCAGGCUCGCCAACCUCAUCCACCUCGACCUCGCCAGCUGCGGCCUGCAGGGGGCGAUCCCCCGAUCGCUCGGCGACCUCACCAGGCUAGACACGCUGUACCUCCAGACCAACCAGCUCAACGGCACUAUCCCGCCGUCGUUCGGCAACCUCACCGGCCUCAGGUUCCUCGACGUCUCCAACAACGCACUCACCGGGGAGAUCCCCCCCGAGCUUUCCGCGCUCAGGGAGCUCAGGCUGCUCAACAUGUUCAUCAAUCGCUUCCGCGGCGGCAUCCCGGACUUCGUGGCCGAGCUCGAGUCCCUGCAGGUCCUCAAGCUGUGGCAGAACAACUUCACCGGGGACAUCCCCGCGGCGCUCGAACGCGUCGCACCGCUCCGGGAGGUGGACCUCUCUACCAACCGGCUGACGGGGGAGGUGCCGAGCUGGCUGUGCGCGCGCGGCGAGCUGGAGAUCCUCAUCCUCCUCGACAACUUUUUGUUCGGGCCGGUGCCGAGGGGGCUCGGCGCGUGCCCAAUGCUGACGCGGGUGCGCCUCGGCCAGAACUACCUCACCGGGCCGCUCCCGCGCGGUUUCCUCUACCUGCCGGCGCUCACCACCGUGGAGCUGCAGAGCAACUACCUCACGGACCAAUUGGAGGACGACAACGUCAGCGUCCCCGUGAAGCUGUCGCUGCUCAACCUCUCGAGCAACCGCUUCAACGGGUCGCUCCCCACGUCCAUCGGCAACUUCUCCUCGCUGCAGACGCUUCUCCUCGGCGGCAACCAGUUCGACGGCGAGAUCCCGCAGCAGAUCGGCCUGCUGAAGCGGCUGCUGAAGCUGGACCUGAGCGGCAACAACCUGACCGGCCCGGUGCCCCGCGAGGUCGGCGGGUGCACGUCGCUGACGUACCUGGACCUGAGCGCCAACCAGCUCUCCGGCGCGAUCCCCGUGCGGCUGGUGCAGAUGAAGAUACUUAAUUACCUGAACGUAUCGUGGAACAGGCUGAACGACAGCAUCCCGCGGGAGCUCGGCGGCAUGAAGAGUCUGACAGCCGCCGACUUCUCACACAACGACUUGUCCGGGCGCGUGCCGGAGAACGGGCAGUUCACCUACCUCAACGCGUCGUCGUUCGCCGGCAACCCGCGGCUGUGCGGGUUAAUAACUUGGCCGUGUAACAAUAGUAUUAAUUUUAUGUGGCCGGACGGCGGCGGGAUCAUGGAACAGCAGGGAAAGAAGCAGCAGGUCUCCUCGGGGAGCUAGUUGGCCGGGCGCCUGAAGCUGUUUGCGGCGCUGGGCCUCCUUGCGUGUUCGGUGGCGUUCGUGGCUGCUGCGGUGGCGACGGCGCGGUCGGCGAUGCUGCACCGGCGGCGGUCAUCGUCGUGCCGGUGGCGGAUGACGGCGUUCCAGAAGGUGUCGUUCGGGUGGGAGGACGUGGUCCGGUGCGUGAAGGAGAACUGCGUGGUGGGGCGCGGCGGUGCCGGGGUGGUGUACCGCGGGACGAUGCCCGGCGGCGAGUGCGUGGCGGUCGGGGACGGGGGGUUCCAGGCGGAGGUGGAGACGCUGGGGAGGAUCCGGCACCGGCACAUCGUGCGGCUGCUGGCCUUCUGCUCGAGCGAGGAGGCGAAGCUGCUGGUGUACGAGUACAUGGUGAAGGGGAGCCUGGGGGAGAUGCUGCACGGCCACGGCGACAACAAAGAGCACCUGACGUGGGCGAUGCGUCUGCGCGUGGCGACGGAGGCGGCCAAGGGGCUGUGCUACCUUCACCACGACUGCUCGCCGCCGAUCCUGCACCGCGACGUCAAGUCCAACAACAUCCUCCUCGACGCCCGCAUGGAGGCCCACGUCGCCGACUUCGGGCUGGCCAAGUUCCUCCGCGGCAAUGGCGCAUCCGAGUGCAUGCCCGCCAUCACCGUCUCCUACGGCUACAUCGCACCAGAGUACGCGUACACGCUGAAGGUGGACGAGAAGAGCGACGUGUACAGCUUCGGGGUGCUGCUGCUGGAGCUGAUAACGGGGCUGAAGUCCGCAAGAAUCUACAUUGUUAUGUGA